AUGUAGGAAUUAGAAGAGUUCUUAGAAAAAUAAAAAGAAUUAAAUAUUAAAAUGCUAAGAGAUAUGUUACAAACAUAAAGUCUCAUCUAGCAUAAUUUAUCCAUUGGAUUAGACUCUUUGAAAAAGUGCAUUGAAAAUUUACCUAAUAAAAUUGUCCCACAAUAAGGAUUAUAAUCUAGAAUUACCAUACAUAGAUAAAAGUAUCAUGUUAUUUUACUUAGCUAACAUCAAUUUAUUUUAAGUCAAAUGGGUCAUAAGAAUUUCUAAUCAUACUUGAAUUUAGAAGAAGAAAUCAAAGAAAUCUAUAGAGAGAGAAUGUUCAAUUUGUCUGUUACUUUAAGAGAUAUGAAUGGAAAUCUUUUAGACGAUGAAGACUGUCCUACUUUCCUAAGAAUGUAAAAUUCCCUUACAACUCAGAUACACAUCAGAGAAAUUUCCAAAAGAAGUUUAUGCCAAUAUUAAAGGAAAACCAAUAUUUAAAGGGUAAACUCAAAUACUACUAAGGGGAAAAGGAGAAUUUUAAAGAAUAUCAAUCACUGAAGUUUUAUCAUAUUAUAAACAUAAACUUAGGUGUCCUCUCAUUUUCCUUCCGGGAAAUUUAUUUUAGUGAUAUCUUCAGAGAAAAGUUACGUAAAACCAUACAUUAUUGAUAAUUUAAUUGUUAAAGCCAAAAAAUUGCUUAAAUGA